UCAUACGCAAUUCGAUCGAAAGCGACUGACACAGCACCCCAUCCCCAUGUUUACCAUUUAAGUACUAUGGCAGUUGUGACAAAUAGUUGAAUUGCCGCCGAUUACUCAUUUGGAUAAUUUCACUUCCUGUAAUAGUGAAAAUGAAUGUUUUACUGGUCAUUCAAAUUACUGUUUACAUCUUAGCACUAGUCUUAGCCUUAUGUAUAUCCGUUCCCGUUAUUAUUCAUCAAAAGGACUUCAAGGGUCAUUGUUUGCUGUUUUCCAGAGGAACUUGGAGGGAAACUGAUGGCCAGUUUGUGAUUACAUGGGCUCCUAAUGCUUACUGUGUGUUUGUUAUAAUAUCUGGAGUGAUCUCACUCACAGCUUGUUGUAUUCAAAUUCACAGACUUGGCCAUUUCCUUUAUAGAGGGCUUGACAGCUCUUUCUUGUCAGCAUUUGUUGAUGCAGUUGGCAGUGCCUUUCUCUGUUUUCUUUCUUUAGCUUCUGCCAUGAUUAUCACUCUUGGAUUUGGCACUUGGUGUGGAGACAUAACCCAACGAUUUGAAGAAUGCAGUUAUGCUGAAGAUGAAAAUAUUGACCAAGUGGAUAAUAUCAACACAUCUGGAUUUUACUUGUUAUUGGGAACUGCACAGUUUGGAGCUUGGGCCUCCUGGGCAUGUUGGGUGGGAUUGGCUGUCUGUGCAGUUCUUAAGUUAUGUCGUUAUCACCAACGAGAAAAUAUUCGAGUCAGCAUGGCCAAAGAGCGGAGACGUUUGUUGACAGAUGGACUUCCACCACGAAGCUCUAGCGAUGAAGCGAUGCUCGGUUAAAAAGUUUAUAAUUUGUACAUUGUUCGUUUCCUUCGCAAAGCUAUGUAUUCAUGUAUUGGCUUAUCAAUCUUCAUUUUACCUCUAAAUAAAAAUCUCAGAAUAUAUCCCUUUGCAACGUAAAACGUAAUUAAUAAUAAUACGUGUUGUUAUAUCAUAUGCACCGGUCGGCUGCACCGCCGAUUGUAGAAAAAGCGAAAUAAAUCAUAAUAACAUCA